UUACUUAUCAUAUUGCAUGUCUAAAUAUCGAUAUUCGAUUGUAAACAUCGAUGAUUAUUACCAUAUCAACAUAGAAAGCCAAACGUUUUGCAGAAGUUUAUUUUCAUGUGCAAGCAAAACAAAUAUUAAAUAUAUUUGGAGAAAAUGCGUUCACGUAGCAGAAGCCGUUCGCGGAGCCCACGAAGAGAUCGGCGCGACGACAGGUCCCAUAUACGUACCAACAGGCGGGAAACACACAAGCCACCGGCAAAAUCUAAAGAUAGAGAGCGAGAAAAAGACCGACCGCACAAAAAUGGAUAUGAGAAAUCGGCUAUGCGGCAAGAGCGACGUAGUUCAAAGAAACGAGAGUCUCCUCAACGACGUCAGCGUGCGCGCUCCCGCUCAUCAAGUACUGACAGCAGCAGCAGCACAGGAAGCAGGAAUAGUAGCAGUAGCGGUACAAGCAGUUCCACUUCACGUAGUCGGAGUCGAGAUCGCGGCCGUAGUCGAAGUCCAGUGAAACAGAGAAAAGAAUCUGUUGAGCGCUGGCCCAACGAUCGCUACCACGAAAACAACGAUAGACAAAACAAUCCAUUUCGAGGACGUGCUCCUGAACGUAGCUUCAUUAAUGAUCCGGCUGAACGGCCUAGUCGUAGCCACCACUCACACCGAGGCGGCGGUCAUCCCAGAGAUUCAAAGGCCUUGAGUGCAAGGCGGGCACAACGUGUGCGCAUUGGCGAGGAAGGCGUACCAGAAGUUUGGGGCACAAGUCCGACGAGGACUAAUAACCAUGACGUAGAAUUCGUAAAGGGUUCCUAUGUGGGCCCCAAAAAAAAGAAAAAGAAAAGUAAGAAAUCAAUUAAAAAGUCGAAAAAGAAAGCAAAGAAAAUCAAAAAGAAGAAAAAGAGCAAAGGCGUUUCCAGCAGCUCAUCCGACACAUCUUCCUCAAGCUCAUCAUCAUCAAGCUCCAGUAGCGAAGAGAGCUCAAGCGAUGACGACAGUAGCUCUGAGAAUGAGGAUGAGCAGGAGCUUUGGCUAGAAAAGACAGCGGAUGGGAUUAAGAAGCCACCAAAGAAGAAGGUCAAAAAGAGCAAAAGUAAAAAAAACAAGAAGAAAAAGAAGCGCAAAUCGGAUUCCGAGAAAAAGUACUCAUCCAGUUCAACAAAGUCCAAGUCGAGGGCGAGUGGAUCCAAGAACGAGGAAGAUGUGGGUCCGUCCCUACGCACUGGCGGCAGCCUGAAUCAAAAGGACUUUGGACGCGCUCUGCUGCCGGGUGAAGGUGCUGCAAUGGCUGCCUACAUCGCAGAGGGCAAACGCAUACCCCGACGUGGAGAAAUCGGCCUCACAUCGGAUGAGAUUGCCAAUUUUGAAUCGGUGGGUUAUGUGAUGAGCGGCAGCCGGCAUCGCCGCAUGGAAGCUGUGCGUAUACGUAAGGAAAAUCAACUUUAUUCAGCGGAUGAAAAGCGCGCCCUGGCCAUGUUUAGCAAGGAGGAACGACAGAAGCGCGAGAAUAAAAUAUUAACACAAUUCAAGGACAUGAUUCACUCAAAACUGCAAGCUAAGGAUAAGAAAUAGGACGAUUUGUAAAAAGAAUUCAAUGUACAAAUUUAUUUUCUUUACCAUUUGUAUAGAAAUAUGAGCGGUAAUAUUCACAAAUUAUGA